AUGUCUUCUAACACUAUUUUACAACAAGAUUAUUCGUCUAGCCACCCCCUAACUGCCUCCGGCAAGAUGUUAACUGAUGACUACUAUAAAUGGUAUGCCGAAUUGGAUGAUUUACCAACUCCUUUGACUGAUAAAAUUCAUUUGAUCUUAUAUAGAACAUAUACAGAAGAAACCAGACUUGAUCCCUGGAUAAUAUCUGAAACUCCCGAACCCCCACAAAUCGAAAAGACUGAUAAUUACCUUUCACAAGAUUGUGUUAUCAAAAUUUCUAAGUUUCCGGAAGAAAAAAGUAUAAUCCUUGAUGCUGUACAUAAACGCUUCCCUUUCUUGUCUUACACUAAUUCGAAUGCAUGGCAUCGGGAUGUAUUUAAAUAUACCAAUUCAGAAGCUAAAUGUCCGAUAUGUAAAGAGGUACAUACACGUUUAGGAAUAUGGGGUGAUUGGAGCUGUCUAGGUACAAAUGAUCACUAUUUUCUUAAUUGCCCUUUUCAUAUCGAUCAGAAGAAAGUUAUAAUCGCUAUACAGAGCUUACCGGAAAUGUCAAACAAAACUCAAUCACCGAUUCCUAGGACUAAUCCUAAUAAGAUUUAUCACCCAGAGGCCAGCUUACGCCAAUAUGCUAUCGAACAUGGAAUGGAUCCUGAGAAAUUUUCGGUCAUUACUGAGGCUGAGAAAAAUAGAUGGGCCGGGGGAUGCUUCCGUG